CUCAAAAAUCGUCCGACAUCCUACACGGAUUUCGGAUAUGUAUGGUUUAAUGUAUUUGUUUUGAAUGAAUGAAAGAUCCUGUCGUUUGUGAUUAAUGUGAUUAUUAUUUUGAAAACCUGUUUAAGUUAACUUAGCACAGGGACCCCUGCGUAAGGUCAACUGGACGCAGCUAAUAUAAGCUCACUAAGAACAAUUAUCAUUUUCGUCAUUACAAUCAAGUUAUUCAUAAGAAGCACACAACAUGGCUGCUAAUGGAAAACUAGCUCUUCUAAGCGUGUCGGACAAGACAGGCUUGUUACCUUUAGCAAAAUGCUUAUCCGAGAUUGGGUUGGGGCUCGUUGCCAGCGGUGGUACAGCUACAGCUAUCCGCAAUGCUGGCCUCGCCGUCACAGAGGUCUCGGACAUUACCAAGGCCCCCGAAAUGCUUGGAGGACGAGUAAAGACCCUACACCCUGCUGUCCAUGCUGGUAUUCUGUCUAGGGCUAUUCCAUCGGACCAGGAGGACAUGAAACGUCAGAACUUCGACAUGAUAAGCGUCGUCGUCUGCAACUUAUAUCCUUUCGUUCAAACUGUAUCAAAACCUGGAGUUACUAUUGCUGAUGCUGUUGAGAACAUCGACAUUGGAGGCGUGACCUUACUCCGUGCGGCAGCUAAGAAUCAUGACCGAGUAACUAUUAUCUGUGAUCCCAACGACUAUGAUGCAGUCAUGCAAGAAUUAAAACAAAACAACGACCAUCAGACCUCUUUGGAUACUAGGAAGCGACUUGCUCUUAAGGCUUUCACACAUACAUCGGAAUAUGAUCUCGCUAUCACAGACUAUUUCCGCAGACAGUAUUCUGCAGGACAGUCACAACUGACCUUGAGAUAUGGUAUGAACCCACAUCAGAAACCAGCUCAAGUGUUCACGACCCGCGACAAACUGCCUCUAACAACUCUGAACGGUUCUCCUGGCUUCAUCAACUUGUGUGAUGCACUGAACGCGUGGCAGUUGGUGAAGGAAUUGAAGGAAGCCCUCGGCUUGCCCGCAGCCACCAGCUUCAAACAUGUAUCGCCCGCUGGCGCCGCUGUUGGAUUGCCUUUGACUCAAGAAGAGGCGUCUGUAUGUAUGGUGGCUGAUCUUCUCCCGAACCUGACGCCUGUGGCGAGCGCGUACGCUCGCGCGCGUGGCGCAGACCGCAUGAGUUCAUUCGGUGACUUCGUAGCCAUAUCUGACGAAUGCGACGCCAUCACCGCCCGUAUCAUCUCACGAGAGGUCUCAGACGGAAUCGUCGCACCUGGAUACACCCCCGAAGCUUUAGAAAUACUUAAAAAGAAGAAGGGUGGUAGCUACUGCGUUUUGCAGAUGGACCCUAGUUACGAGCCAGACCUUAUGGAACAGAAGACUAUCUUCGGUCUCACUUUAGAACAAAAACGCAACGAUGCUAAGAUUACAGGGGACUUGUUCAAGAAUGUCGUCACUAAGAACAAUGUACUACCCGAGAAUGCUGUCAGAGAUCUUAUUGUAGCUACUAUUGCUUUGAAAUACACCCAGAGUAAUUCUGUCUGCUACGCUAGAGAUGGACAGGUUGUAGGUAUUGGUGCAGGACAACAGUCUCGCAUCCACUGCACUCGGCUGGCGGGAGGCAAGGCGGCGCUGUGGUGGAUGAGGCGACACCCUCGAGUGCUCGCCAUGAAGUUCAAGCAAGGCGUCACCCGCGCCGUGCAAUCUAAUGCUAUCGACAACUACGUUAAUGGCACUAUUGGUUCAGAUCUUCCUUUGGAGCAAUGGAACACCUUAUUCGAUGGGCAAGCUCCUGCUUUACUGACUGAGCAGGAACGCACUGAAUGGGUCAGCAAAAUGGACCGCGUGGCUCUAGCUUCGGAUGCUUUCUUCCCAUUCCGUGACAACAUCGACAGAGCUGUGCAGUGUGGAGUCGAAUACAUUGGCAGUCCAUCAGGCUCGAACAACGACCAAGAAGUGAUUGAAGCUUGCAAUGAGCACAAAAUUGUGCUUGCACACACCAACCUCAGGCUCUUCCACCAUUAAUAGAGAUUACGAUUAAACAUUUGAGGCUGGUAUAAAACUGAAUUCUGUACCUAUAAACAUGAAUUUAAAACUGUAGUAUUUCUUUUACACCACAGCCCUCUAGCGUUCGCUUAUAGAACUAAAAUUUGACAUGCAUUUACGUCACCAUUAUUGGGUAUAAUAUAAUAUAAUAUUGCUCUAAAAUCAUGAUAGAGGUACUAAUAGGGUUCACAAAUGUCGAUGGAACGUACAUCGUCGUCAGCUGUAAUAUGUCCACUAUUGAAUAAGGUCUACAAUGGUGAGGAUUAUUCUCGCGCUUCGCAGGUGACUUAGGAAUUGCUGUAAGUGUAGAUGAUGUCGACGUUUGAAACAUUAGGCAUGACCAUAACAGUUGAAACGGUUUUAUACCUAUGCCUUCAGCAAUAAGUGACAUUAUCGAUAACUGCUUUGGGAGGUACAAUCUCCAUCCAUUUCUAUAAAAUAAUAAUGGUAUAAAAUUCAAAUAAAUUAUUAUCUCGAAUGUGAUGAUACUGAUCAUUUGUCACCAUACAUACAAAAAUAUACUAUUUAAAAAUGAGUUGCUCAUACACUUUUUUACAUUUGUUAAUUGUGAACAAAAUCAUGUUGUUGUUAAGAUUUGAUAACAUUUAUACAUUUACAAAUUAGAUCUAAGGUUUAAAUUGCUGUAAGAUUAAGAUUAUUAUUUGUUAAAUAUCUUAUCAAUGUAUCGGCUUAGGUUACACCCUUGGUUAAAAUAAAUGUAAAGAUACAAAAGAG